AUGACAUCAGCAGUUAAAGAGAUUCAUAUGCACUUUCCAACUGGUGGGCAUUCGUUUCUUCCUGCGGAUAGGAUCUUUGGUAGGGCUGAAAAACUGUUGCGGAAUAAGCCGACUAUCAUUGAAAAAGAUGAAUAUAUGGACGUUUAUAAAGAACUGGGACAGUUGUAUGUACUAGGGCAGGACUAG